CUGCAGGCUGCAGCGACCUGUCUCUUUAAGUUGGUGUCAAAGCCGAUUAGCGCUGAUCUCCGUCGUGAUUCUGUUUUCACCGUCUGUUCCCUCGAUCUAUUUCUGUCCGCGCGCUGCUGCCGCUGCGGGACUUUAAGCUUUCUCCUCUUCGUUUGUUUGAUCUGGAGAGAAACGAGCGCUCGGGAACUCCUCAGCAAAAGUUUUGCAGCAUGGGGGCGUCGUGAGGUGUCUCCUGCUGCUGUGCUCGGUGGGGAAGCCGACAUUAGAGCUCCGGUGUGGCUGAGGGACGCGCGCUGCGCCGCGGACUCUCCAACUUCUCCGACCAUGUAAGCCUGGAUUACCUUUCUGCUACCGGAGCCAUGAACCGCUUCCUCUCUGCCGGAAGACGUGAUGUGAUGCCUCGCGUCACGGUUUGAAGUUGGCUCCAGAAUAAAUAAAAACUUAAAAAAAUGCAAAAGGGCGUCCGCUACAACGAGGGCCACGCGCUGUAUCUCUCCGUGGUCGCGCGUAAAGAGGGCUCCAAGCGCGGCUUCCUGAGCAAGAAGACCACGGAGAACAGCCGCUGGACGGAGAAGUACUUCGCGCUCUACCAGAACGUGCUCUUCUACUUUGAAAACGACCAGAGCGCGAGGCCCUCCGGGAUUUACCUGCUGGAGGGGUGCACGUGUGAGCGGGCACCUGCACCCAAAGUAUCCGGCAUCAGCAAGGAGCCCAUGGAGAAACAGCAGCACUACUUCCUGGUGAUUUUUGGCCACGAUGGACAGAAACCUUUGGAGCUGCGGACGGAGGAAGAGUCAGACUGUAACGAGUGGGUGGAGUACAUCCAGCAGGCCAGUUACUCUGACAUCAUCAUUGAGCGUGAGAUCCUGAUGCAGAAGUACAUCCACCUGGUCCAGAUCAUGGAGACGGAGAAGAUCGCAGCCAAUCAGCUUCGCACCCAGCUGGAGGACCAGGACACUGAGAUCGAGAGGCUCAAAGCUGAGAUUGUUGUGCUGAACAAAACCAAGGAGAGGCUGCAGCCCUACCAGAACAACCAAGAGGAGGAAGACCCCGACAUUAAAAAGAUCAAAAAGGUGCAGAGCUUCAUGCGUGGCUGGUUGUGCAGGAGGAAGUGGAAGAUCAUCGUCCAGGACUACAUCUGCUCUCCUCACGCUGAGAGCAUGAGGAAGAGGAACCAGAUCGUCUUCAACAUGGUGGAAGCAGAGACAGAAUACGUCCACCAGCUCUCCAUCCUGGUCAACUGCUUCCUGCGGCCGCUCCGCAUGGCCGCCAGCUCCAAGAAGCCUCCCAUCAGCCACGACGACGUCAGCACCGUAUUCCUCAACAGUGAGACCAUCAUGUUUCUGCAUGAGAUCUUCCAUCAGGGUCUGAAAGCUCGGAUCGCCAACUGGCCCACACUCGUUCUCGCCGACCUGUUCGACAUCCUGCUGCCGAUGCUGAACAUCUACCAGGAGUUUGUGCGGAACCACCAGUACAGCCUGCAGGUUCUGGCCAACUGCAAGCAGAACAGAGACUUCGACAAGCUGCUCAAACAGUACGAGUCCAACGCCGCCUGUGAGGGACGGAUGCUGGAGACGUUCCUCACUUAUCCCAUGUUCCAGAUUCCUCGCUACAUCAUCACUCUCCAUGAGCUGCUGGCUCACACGCCUCAUGAGCACGUGGAGCGAAAGAGUCUGGAGUUCGCCAAAUCCAAACUGGAGGAGCUCUCAAAGAUGAUGCACGAUGAAGUGAGCGACACAGAGAACAUCAGGAAGAAUCUGGCCAUCGAGAGGAUGAUCGUAGAGGGCUGCGACAUCCUGUUGGACACGAGUCAGACCUUCGUCAGACAAGGCUCUCUGAUCCAGCUGCCGUCCAGCAGCGAGCGAGGGAUGCUCAGUAAGGUUCGGCUCGGCUCGCUGUCUCUGAGGAAAGAAGGAGAGCGCCAGUGUUUCCUGUUCACCAAACACUUUCUCAUCUGCACACGAACAUCUGGAGGGAAGCUUCACCUGCUCAAGCAAGGAGGUACGCUGUCUCUGAUAGAGUGCACACUCAUCGAGGAACUGGACGCCAGCGAUGAGGACUAUAACGCAGCCGGUCAGGGCUUCAACCACCUGGAGUUUAAGAUCGUGGUGGAGCCUCCAGACGGUCAACCCUUCUGUGUCGUCCUUUUGGCUCCUUCCCGCCAAGAAAAGGCUGCCUGGACUAGUGACAUCAGCCAGUGCAUUGAUAACAUCCGCUGUAACGGCCUGAUGACCAGCGUGUUCGAGGAGAACUCCAAAGUGUCGGUGCCGCACAUGAUCAAAUCUGAUGCUCGACUGCACAAAGAUGACGUCGACAUUUGCUUCAGCAAGACGCUUAACUCCUGCAAAGUCCCUCAGAUCCGCUACGCCAGCGUGGAGCGGCUGCUGGAGCGGCUGACCGACCUGCGCUUCCUCUCCAUCGACUUCCUCAACACCUUCCUGCACACCUACAGGAUCUUCACCACCGCCGCCGUGGUCAUCGACAAGCUCGCCGACAUCUACAAGAAGCCGUUUACCUCCAUACCUGUCAGGUCUCUGGAGCUCUUCUUCGCCACCAACCAGGGCUCGUGGGGGACGGAUCCCUUGAACAACAAGUCCCCGAGGCUUUGCCGCAAGUUCUCCUCUCCUCCUCCUCUCACCAUCCCCUCCCGUACCUCCUCCCCCGUGCACUGCCGCAAGCUCUCCCUCAGCUCCCCCAUCAGUGGCAAAGCUGGAGUCCUGGACCUCUCCACCACCCCCACCUCCUCUGCAGCCAACUCCCCCACCUCCAGUCACUGCCCCUCCAUCUCCUCCCCUCCUCCCACCUCCACCAGGCCGCCCUCUGGCUUCUCCUCCCCUCCGCCCACCGCCACGCGCUCCCCCAGCCUCCCCCAGGCCUCCGGAGUGUCCUCGCCGCCCCCCAUCUCCACCAAGGCCCCCCUGGACCUGAGCCGCGGCCCCAGCUCCCCAGAGCUGAGCCCAGCUGCAGCGGAGGACAUCAGCGGAGAGCUGCCUCGCCUCGACGCCUUCUGUGGGAAGCUGCGGCGCAGUAUCCGCAGGGCUGUCCUGGAGUCAGUUUCUCUGGACAAGUUUCUCCCCGAGUCUCCAGCCGCCAGCGAGCCGGGCGACAUGUCUCCCUGCCGCUCCCCUUCAACGCCGCGGCAUCUCCGCUACAGACAGUCAGGAGUCUCGCCGGGGGAGAACUCUCGCUGCACGAUGUCGCCCGCUUCAGCAUUCGCCAUCGCCACCGCUGCCGCCGGACACAGCAGCUCUCAGGGUUUUACUAAUUCUGAAAAAGUUUGUGACAAAGAGUUUAUCAUCCGGAGAGCUGCUACCAACAGAGUACUGAACGUGCUGCGACACUGGGUCUCCAAACACUCUCAGGACUUUGACAUGAACAGCGAGCUGAAGAUGGGCGUGGUGUGUCUGCUGGAGGAGGUGCUGAGAGAUCCAGACCUGCUGCCACAGGAGAGGAAAGCCACGUCCAACAUUUUAAGUGCCCUUUCUCAAGAAGAACAAGACGACGCUCAGCUGAAGAUCGAGGACAUUUUACAGAUGGCGGAGAGUCCUAAAGCCGAGUGUUUCGAGUCUCUGUCAGCCAUGGAGCUGGCAGAGCAGAUCACUCUGCUGGAUCACAUCGUGUUCAGGGGGAUUCCCUACGAGGAGUUUCUGGGUCAGGGCUGGAUGAAGGUGGACAAGACGGAGAGGACUCCGUACAUCAUGAAGACCAGCCAGCACUUUAAUGACAUGAGUAACUUGGUGGCGUCUCAGAUCAUGACCCACACUGACGUGGGCUCCAGGGCGAGCUCCAUAGAGAAGUGGCUCGCCGUGGCUGAUAUCUGCCGCUGCCUCAACAACUACAACGGCGUGCUGGAGAUCACCUCGGCGCUCAACCGUAGUGCCAUCUACAGGCUGAAGAAGACCUGGGCAAAAGUCUGCAAACAGACGAAGGCGCUGAUGGACCGGCUGCAGAAGACGGUUUCAUCAGAAGGAAGGUUCAAGAACCUCAGAGAGACGCUGAAGAACUGUAAUCCUCCGUGCGUCCCGUACCUCGGCAUGUACCUCACUGACCUGGCCUUCAUCGAGGAGGGAACACCAAACUUCACCGAGGAGGGACUGGUUAACUUCUCCAAGAUGAGGAUGAUUUGUCACAUUAUCCGGGAGAUUCGUCAGUUCCAGCAAGCACCUUACAGGAUAGAGCACCAACCCAAGGUGACUCAGUUCCUCCUGGAUAAGACUCUAGUGAUGGAUGAAGACACGCUCUACGAGCUCUCCCUGAAGAUCGAGCCCCGAGUUCCUCCUGGCUAACACUCAAAAAUAUCCAUCUUAUAAAAACGAAUCAUGAAUUCACACAACUUGAGAUUCUUUCUUAAUAAAGCAGGGGUUGUUUUGUGAAAACGCCACCACUUAUCAUGCUUCGGAAACUCAGGAGAAAAGGUGCCUUGUUGUAUGAAAAUGAAUAUCUGACGUCUAUAUUUAGUGAACAGAAUGAACUGAAUACAACUCUGCCAUAUAAUCGAACAGUGAUGACUGUAGAAACAACCAUGUUAGCUCCUCAACAUGGCACUAGAAAGUAACCAGUUGCUGCUAUCAUCAUACCAAACAAUCUGCCUCUGUAGUCUUGCACAUAAACACCAUAAGAUUAAUUUUACAUUAUUUGUAUGAUUGCGGCCGGAUAUUAACCCUUUAUCAGG